UUUCAAGUUUCAUCAAAUUAGUUCUUUGCUAUUCAGUGAGUGCUUGGCUGCAUUCUGAUGCCAAAUUUCUGCCUAUGGAAUGUUAAAUUUUAUGAGAAGUGAUGGGACUCUAGAAUUUUUAUUUGGAGGUUGUGCGAACAAGUUCAUGUUAUAGAUGUUAGACAACCGCAGCAUGGCAAAUGAGUAACAGCAUUAGGCGAUUAGCGACUAGCGUUAUAUAAGGCAUUUCGAAAGUCAUGUAUUAGAUCUGUGUAAUGUUAUUAAUGUACCUAGCUUCGGGACAUACCAAAUAUAACCUUUAUUUUAUAUGUGUAAUCUUAUGUUGGCGUUCUUGUAAUGUAAAAUGACUGAAAGCUCGACAUGAUUUUCAGAAAUGAGGAAACCUGUUGUUAGUAAGUUCGACACUAGAGAGAACCUGUUUUUAAAGUUUUGUAUUCAUCGUGAGCUUGAAAUUUUUUAUAAUAGGCAUGCAGCUAUAUAAGUCUAUUUAUAAUACUUUUUUAUAGUCAUUAAGUUUAGGUUUUUAUACUGAAUUCUUUUGUUAUACUUGUUUGAUACACUGAAUAAAAAUUAUAUUUUCGUGCAUAUUUUAGAAUCUAAUUUCUAAAUGGAAGAAGAACUUAUCGUUAUUAAACACUGUGCCACUAUAGUUUGUAAAUCUUCACCAGACGUUUGCUUUGAGUGUUCGAAGCCAAUUGACUAUGGAGCUACUCCUCCACCAACAUUUUAUGACUGUCCAAUAACUAAUGGUCACCGAAAUAUUCUUUCUAUUAUUGUAAAACCUACUGAUGAUACAUGGGAUGCUGCUUGUAAAUCUGACUGUGAUCUCCAUAUUGGCAUCACUGAUGGCAGUGGGAAAGUUGCAAGUUAUGACUGGCAUGGGAUUGCAAGAGAAAGCAAGGGCUGGGAGGGAAGCCUUGUGAUAUACCAAGUUCAGACUUCUGACGUAUUCCAAUUAGAAUACAUAUGGAAAAAUGUUAUAGGUAAACUUGAAAAUGAUGGGAAUUGGUCAGCCUAUGAAUAUGAUGAAGACCAACACAACUGCUUUGAUUAUGUGUUAGCUUUCUUGGACAAAGUUGAACAGGAAUAUAAAGUAAGGUAUGAAUCUAGUUUACCACUUGGUCUGGUGCAGAUGAAGGAUAGAAGUGAGACAAGGCGGAAAUUUAUCGAAGAUUUCAUUCUGCCAAAGAUGCAAGAGGCUGUCGAGUAUACAAGAAUAUUAAAUGAAGUGAGAAAUCACAGCUAUGCAAUCAUAUGAUUUUGUUACACAGAGGAAAAUUGCCAGCAAUAAAAUC